AUGCGCUUGAUACUUUUCUGCGUCCUCCUUGGAGUGAUCCAAGCUGCACCUACAACAAAUACAACAAACACUACUACUGACGGCAGUUUUCAAGCCCCAUCAUUCACAACCAGAAGCAUGUGGACCAUCGUCUCCAGCUCCGUUCUCACUCUUUUUGCAUGCGUUUAUAGUGCCAUACACCCCAAUAUCCCGAGUCCUAAGGGCAGAGGCUACCCUUAUAUCUUAUGGCGACAACUUGGCACGAUGAUGUUGGCACUAAUCGCUCCGGAACUGAUCGUCAUAUGGGCUAUGCGCCAGUGGUUCAGCGCUCAAGAAGUUACAAAACAGUUUGAACAUUUCAAGAAAUCAGGGUAUCCCAAGGUUUAUUCAGAGUCUGAAGAAAAGGUGCCUGUUAAAGCACUCGGAACUGGACAUCCCUUCCUUCAAUUCUUUUUCCUCUGGCAGAAGGCUACAGGUCGCCUCUAUCGCCUGUUUGUUGCAGGUUUUCUUUCUGUGCUGGCGUCUCUUUGGCAUUCCCUCUGUGCUCCCGUGAGGUGGGUUGCAAGAUGGAUUAGGUCAGAGCAAUUCGAGCCUGACCCAGAAGAAUUUACAUGGACUCAGACGCACAGCUUCUUUGCGCUGAUGGGUGGUUUCAUGCUUUAUGUGAAUGGGAAGCCCUAUUGUGUACUACAGCCUGAGCACAUUCGCAAACUCAUACGUCAAAAGUGUAUCGAUGCCCCUACCCUAACGGCAGACGAGAUCAACGACAGGAGCAAAGGCAAUGCGAUAUCGAAAGGAUUAGUCAUCCUUCAGGUGGCCUGGUUUGUUGUGCAACUCAUCACCCGCGCCAUCUAUCGUCUCGAAAUCACCCAGCUCGAAGUGGGAACACUCGCUUUUGCGGUUCUCAAUUUCCUCACUUACGCUGUAUGGUGGUACAAGCCUCUCAACGUGGAAUGUCCACAUCCAGUGCACUGGAAGUUGACCGAGUCAGAGCUAAAGGACUACAUUGAUGUCAGUGACACAAACGAAUUCGCUCAGUUUCGGUUCUUGCCUCGAGUCCUUCGCCCAAUUAUAGAACUGAUAGGCUGGGCUGGCAUUCCUACAUCUCGAAAGCUCCAAGUUCCGACGUUUGAUGGUAGCAUCAAACUCAAUGUCUCGGACAGGAUGGUUCUUCAGCAAGCCGCAUUGCAUAUGGCGACCAUAUUUGGUGGCAUCCAUUGUAUGGCUUGGUUUUUUGCGUUCACCACGUAUCAGGAACAGAUGCUAUGGCGCAUAAGUGCCGUCGCUAUAACUUGCACUCCCUGGCUUUGUCUGAGUGCCUACUUAGUUCGGGAAAUAAUCAAUUCAGUACGGCACAUACCCGACUCAGCAAAGCAUGUCAUCUGGGGUGUGAUUUGUUCUGCAUUUGCCAUAUUGUACAUCACAGCUCGUGCUGUUCUCUUGGUACUUAUGUUCACCACUUUACGCAAUCUUCCUCCUGACGCUUACAAGGCGGUGUCAUGGGUUACUUUGGUGCCGCACUUAUAG